AUGCCUGCUCCAUUUGCCAAAGGUAUAAUUGUGACUGUCUCUGUCCUUGUCGCUGCAGGCAUCGCUGUAUAUGAGUCUCCUCAGUUCAAGCAAUGGGUAGACACUUCUCGGCGCAAGAUUGCCAUGGCCCUGCACAACCUGGGUGAUGAGAUCCAACCCCGCAAUUCGGCCUCUCCGGUGCGGGACGAUAUAUCCAUGACCGAGGAGGUCGGAGAAGCCGCAGAGGAACGACGACGACUUGUGAGAGCAGAAAUAAUGCGACGAAGCGCUCUGCUGGAAUCUCGACGCCAGGCCAAAAAUUCAGAGCAGCCUCUCGAGAGCUUCGACACCCUCGUUGACCAGGAGGGGAACCUACGCAUGCCCAAAGAGGGUGAACACCAUGACCAGCUUGGUAUGGAUUCAGCGGCUAACUCUACAGCUGUUGAUUUGGGCGCAUCGCAGCCUCUCCGUCGCGGAGCCAAGCAGAAUGAAGUCGACUCCAUUGGGCUGGACCCGGAUCGGCUCCAUGUCCAGAUUCCUACAGAUACUGCAUCCAACCACCCUUCGGAGUCUGUUGUGCAGUUUACACCCACAUCAGAAGUACCAGAAGACGGUACAUACGGUACAUUGUUCGACCCGUUCUCCGACUCUCCCGUGGCACCAGGAUCGCCAGUGUCGGCAUCGGCGUCUAGCCACACCGAGGGACAUGAACAGGCGUAUUACGCUCACCCCACAUCAGCGGCCAAUACAAGCCAACAGCAAGACCUACUUGGAGACUUCGAUGGCAUGGGUCCUGGAUCUUCUUUCCAACACGAUAUCUCGUCCACGCCAUCAACCGCUGGGAGUUUCAGCCUUGUUGGGGGGUUCUCAGAUGGGUCGUCCGACGGCACACUGAGCGACCUUGGCGACCGGUCAGUUGGGUGUGUGGCUACUCCGGCAAGCUGGUCCGAGGUGGGGAGCGUGAUUAGCAGCGAUGAUGCGGGCCAUCAGUAG